CGCAGCACCUAGCACGCCCACAAACAACUGCUGGGUCGCGCAGUUUCCCGACGCCGUCGCGCCGCCAUGGCAGACGCGGAGUACGACUACCUCUUCAAAGUAGUAUUAAUAGGUGAUUCUGGAGUGGGCAAGUCGAAUUUGCUGAGCCGCUUCACGAGGAACGAGUUCAGCUUGGACUCGAAGUCAACAAUUGGUGUCGAGUUCGCCACGAAGUCCAUCCAGGCCGAGGGCAAGACCAUCAAGGCCCAGAUCUGGGACACGGCGGGGCAAGAACGAUACCGAGCAAUAACGUCGGCCUACUACCGAGGGGCUGUGGGCGCUUUACUAGUAUAUGACUUGACCAAGCACGGGACCUUUGAAAAUGUGGACCGCUGGCUGCGGGAAUUGAGAGAUCACGCGGAGGCGAACAUCGUGGUGAUGCUCGUGGGCAACAAGUCGGACCUGAAGACGCAGCGGGCCGUCGAGACGAGUGAAGCGAUGGCCUUUGCAGAACAGCACAACCUCGCCUUCAUCGAGACGAGUGCGCUCGACGCGUCGGGCGUCGACGUCGCCUUCCAGAACAUCCUGACCGAGAUCUACCGUCUGAUGAACAAGAAGCAGAUGCAGGAAGGCUCCGCCAAACAGUCCGUCGCUUCCAAGGGCGAGAAGAUCAGCAUCACUUCUGGUGAGGACAAGAAGAAGAAGAAGUGCUGCUAGUAGUGGGUGGGGGCGUGUGCGUUAAAACCAAGCUGAU